UUAGCUCUUCACUUCCCUCCUCCGCGACGAAUCUGCCCUCAGUGUCACUGAAUAGUCACUCGAAUGACACUCAGAUCAUGAUCAUUAACAGCACGAGACCUGUUCAAUAGAGACGAAGGUAUAGAGCUCUGAUGGACUUCACUAGCAUCCCGGUCAUCGAUUUCUCCCUAUCAACCUCGCCAGAAACUAAACCCUUCUUCCUAUCCCAACUUCAAAACGCGCUCAUCAACGUCGGCUUUCUGUACCUAUCCAAUUCCACCGUCGAAGGAAAAGUCGUUGAUGAGGUCAAACGAUAUCUUCCCAAGUUCUUUGGUUUACCGCAAGAAGAAAAGGACAAGAUCCAGAUGGGGAAUUCUCCACACUACAUGGGGUACAACCGGUUAGGAGCAGAAUUGACGAAGGGCGAAACGGAUUUUAGAGAGCAAUUCGACUUUUCGACCCCGCACGUUUCGAGGUGGAAACCAGGAGAUCCGGAUUUUUAUAACAUCUGGGGCCCAUCGCAGUAUCCAAACGAACGAAUUCUCCCCGGUUUUCAGAACGCCCUGGAGACGUACCUAGCGCAGGCAUGGGAUCUGGUCAAGGAACUCAUCCAACUCGUUGCUGAAGCUCUCGGGUUACCUCGUGAUGCGUUCUCCCGGUUCUUCGACUCAGAUGACAAGAUGUCGUGUCUAGGGAAGCUCGUCCGUUAUCCUCCGGUCACUCAAGACAUCAAAUCCAGUCAGGGCGUGGGCCCCCACUUCGAUCAAGGAUUUCUAACAAUCCUUUUGCAAGCCUCAGAUCAUCCAGGUUUGCAAGCACAAAACCUCUCUGGUGAAUGGAUUGAUAUACCGCCUAUUGCUGGGACAUUCGUCGUCAACUUCGGUCGUGGGCUGGAAUUCGUAACUGAUGGAAUCAUACGCGCUACAUGCCAUCGCGUCAUCUCGCCCCCAAGUACUUCCAACACACCACGUUAUUCUGUACCCUUCUUCCAAAACAUCAGUUUGGAUGCUCGGCUUUCCGACCCACGGAAUAAAAUCGAAUUCCCCGAUGAGAUUAUACAACUACGAGAUGCAAGAGGAAAACUUGUCGAUACCGAUGCUGUGAACUUCACAGAGUUUGCCACAGAACCGUCCGGAAAAGUCCUUCUAAUUGGGCGGGCCAAGAGCCACCCGAACGUCGCUGAAAGAUAUUACCCUCACUUAUUUGAACGGUAUUUCCCGAAUGGGUUACCGGAUCACUUCAAGAAGAACGCGGAGAUUCAGGUGUUGAGCUGAGGAGGCAGCUAUUCUUGCCUAUCUAUAUGAAUCUUCCUCCUGCCGUGUUACGCUUUUUCAUUCUUCGAUAUGACAUUCCCAACCAUUGUUUUUUGACUAUCCUUUUAUAUAAUCUUUCGGAAUUUCUCAUGUAUCUCAGUCCAUGGAUAGGGUCAUGGUAUCAAUCCAGGAUUCAACUUCUGGAACGGGUUAACACACUUUCAGUUUCGGUGACUUCCCAACGUCGAAAGGGCCAUGGUUGUUAUGUCUACCUUUUCUCGUUCCAAUGAAGUUUGUCUUCGGACAAUCAGAAUGGAUAGUGUGCACUCGAGUACGAUUUAACCCAAACCUAUCGCC